GAUCCAUCAGGCGGCGGCGGCGGAAUGUCGCUCCGGGCUCCGUGUGUGUGAACAGCAGGUGGAGGAUGAUGAUGAUGGAGGAAUCCGACAGCAUCCCCUGCACCGCGGAGGACGGACUCCUGUCGAGCUGGAGGUGGAACAGAACCGCAAGGGACCAAGUCCAGAUCAAGCAGAAGAUCCGAGAUCUGCCCGGAUUAUUAAAACACGGACUGAACCUGCGCAAAAAGAGCCAGUCACCGGACACCAUUCCAGGACCGAGCAGCGGCGUCACACCCAAACCCAAGACAUGUUCUCAGAGUUUUCCCUGCGCUGGACGUGCUUUAAGAAACGCAUUUCUGUCUCAUGGACCGUAUCCAGCCAAAGACAAGAUCCACCUCGCUCGCAUUAUCAGGAGGAGUUAUGUGGGUGUGGAGCUGGUGCAGUGGCUGCUGGAGCAGUGUAUGGCGGUUCAGUGCAGGUUAAUGGCCUCCCGCGUCUGGCAGGUGCUUCUGGAGCUAGGAAUCCUGCACUCAGUUGAUCAGCGGCUGGUGUUUGAAGACUCGAACACAUACUAUCAGUUCUCGUUCGAAGAGUGUGAUGCUCAGGGCUGUGAAUUUCGUAAUGAGGAGGAAUGGCAGAACGGUGUCCGUCUUUUACUUCAGCUCGUCCCCUACGUCCAGUUCAGGGUCGUCAGUCCACCCGAGGAGGACCCAGAAAGGAAGCGUGACGUCUGCAGUGAGAUCCUCCAGAUGAAGGCUCUGGAGAGACUCACAUCCACGGUCCAGAAUGAACUCGCUGCUGCGCUCGCAAGAAAAGCCAAGAAAUCAAUGUCAGAAGAUGAGAGUUCAGAGACAUCAGACAGUUCUCCACAAGAGCCUCCCAAACCCACUGAAGACAAAAGCAAGCAGGCUGGCGUCUGUGCUCUCCGCGCCCCAGAUGAUUUCUCCCGCCUGGAGAUGGUCCAGCGUCUGGCCAAAGACGGAUAUCGCUUCCUUCAGAACCAGAACUACCGGCUGCCGGACCGAUCCGCUCAGGCACAGGGCGAAGGUGUUGUUCGUGUCUGUCUGAAGGAGCGAGGUCAAGAUGUGCUGGUUCUCCAGAGGGUCCCAUCAGACCCUGCAUCUCCACAGACAGCUGGAGUCAAAGACGACGACAGCGAUAAGAGGUAUGUGGUGGUGUCCGGGACGCCACACAAGAUCCUGGAGCACCUGCUGAGUGACCUGCGUCUGGACGAACAUCAGGGGGCGACGGAGGGCAAAGAGGCCGAAAUGCUGCUGGAUGAUUUUCUGUUGACGUAUCUGGUCUUCAUGUCCACCAGUGAGCUCUGCCAGGCCCUGCUGGGACACUACUGUACGAAGCGCUGCCGUGGGAAGGAGGAAGGAAAGGAGGCCCUCUACAGGAAGAGGAAAGUACUGCAUCUUGUGUCUCAGUGGAGCUCGCUAUAUAAGGACUUCCUGCGCGAGGAGGAAAACGUCAAACUCUUCAUGAAGACAUUAUAUCGAUACGUGCUGGAAGACGUUUAUGAGUUUCCCACACUGGAGAAGGACCUGAAGGAGUUCCAGAAACUUCUGCGGCGGAGACAUACGGUAGAUGACUAUUCUCCACACCAAAAGAAUAAAGCACUAUACCAGCAGUUGAGUCUGAAGGAAAACUCUGUUCCCCUGCGAGCGUCUCCCAUCGAGAGUAGAGAUGUGAUGUGUCGUGUGUACGUGAGCUGUGACUCGUAUCUGAGCAUGCGUGUGAAGCCUGCAGUCGUGGCUCAGGAGCUGUUGCACAUUGUCUCUCAGCGGAUGGACAGAUGUGAAGACGACAUGAUGCUGCUGGUCCAGACCUACAGCGGAGAGAAGCGAGUCCUGCAGCCGCAUGACAGUAUUUACUCCGAGUCUCUGGUGGCUCCUGGCAGACUGAUCGCCUGUCGAAGAGACCUCAGUGAGAUCCUGCCGCCACUGACAGAAUGUCCAGAUUUGGGACAGAAGCCCGUCAGGCUGCUGGGUAUAAACACGUGGGACGUCGCUGUGGCUCUUACAAACUUCGACUGGAAUCUCUUCAACUCCAUCCACGAGCAAGAGCUGAUCUUCUACACGUUCAGCCGUCAGGCGAGCAGUGGCCACACAGUGGCGCUGGAGUUUCUGCUGCAGCGCUGUAAUGAGGUGCAGCAGUGGGUGAUGUCUGAGGUGCUGCUCUGCCCGUCGCUCAGCAAACGAGUGCAGCUGCUCAAGAAGUUCAUCAAGAUCGCUGCUCACUGUAAAGCACAGAGGAACCUCAAUUCCUCAUUUGCCAUCAUCAUGGGCUUAAACACAGCGGCCGUCAGCCGACUUAACCAGACAUGGGAGAAAGUUCCAGGAAAAUUCAAGAAGCUUUUCUCUGAGCUCGAGCUGUUGACCGAUCCAUCUAUGAACCACAAAGCCUACAGAGACGCUUUCAAGAAAAUGAAGCCGCCCAAAAUACCCUUCAUGCCGCUGCUGCUCAAAGACAUCACCUUCAUCCACGAGGGGAACAAAACAUUUCAUGAUAACCUGGUGAACUUUGAGAAGCUGCACAUGAUCGCAGACACGGUCCGACUCAUUCGCCACUGUCAGACAGAUCAAACAGGAAACGAGCUUUCGGCUGUUGACAGUCCUGAAGUGCGCUCGAGCGUCCAUUACCUUCACAUCAUUGACAAUCAGCAGACUCUGUUUGAGCUCUCGCACAGACUGGAGCCCAGAGUCUGAACGAGGAGAGAAAAAGAAGAAAGGAGAGAAGGAAGGAGGACAAAUAGAUGCUUGUGGAGUCUGAGAGAAAAGCAGAAAGGAGAGAGCGCCGCCUGCUGGACGCUCAUAUAGACACUGAACAGAGAGAGAGAGAGAGAGAGAAAACAGCACCACCUGCUGGACAAACACUGCACAUUUAAAAGCUGAGCUAUUAUCUUCGCUGGACAAACCGACCAAUCACAGCGGCCGCUCAGUCGCUAUUGGUGGAUGUGUGUGUAUUUAUUCCAGCAGACGAGCUCUUUCACAGCCAAAUCAACAGGAGAACGGUGAAAAUAGGCUGUUCUCUUAUUGUUAAUUGUUUCUUAAUGUCAGAAAAAAAAUCGAGACAAGCUUUUUCCUGUCCGCAGGGAGAGUGUGAACUUUUUCAGCAUUGUUUUGUUGAUGUUAUUUAACUUCUACCAGCACUCUGGAGCUCAUAUUUAUAUAAGAAUUGAAUUUAUCUGACUGCUAGGGCUGGGCGAUAUAAUAACCAGAUUAAAUUAUAAUUAAUACUCGUUCACUAUUCUUCAGUUUCGGCCACAGUGGAAUGAACCGCCAACUACUCUGGCAUGUGCCCUUCCAGCUGCAACAUAUUAUAAUUAUUAUUUUAAUUUAAAAAAUACAUUUUAUCAGUAUUUUGACCAUGUGCAGUUCAUUUUAAUAUUUGUGGUAAAUAUUAAUUUAAAGGCUAAUUUAAUGUUGAAGGAACUGUAAUUUUAACCAAAUAGAUGUAUUGAUAUUUAAAUUGUAAACUAAUAAAGCAUAAACAGCAAUAUUUCUUAAGACUUGAUGCAAAAAUUAAUUAUUUUAAUUGAUUCGUUGACAUGGAUGUUUUGAAGUGAUUCACAGAAACGAAUUAAACCAUUUGGUUUUUACCACUGCUGUUAAAGUAAUAUAGGAUUUUAUACUAUUAUUUUAUUUUUGUAAAACAAUACAAAGUUAUUUAAAUCAAAUUAAUUAUUUUAUUUAUUUUGUUUACUUAUUGCAUUCUGUUCAAUCAAAGCAGUAUGAACUGAUUCACAGAAAUGAAUCAAAUUAUUUAUUUUAUUCUUUUUUUAAUUUGUUAAAUGAAUCAGAACCGUAUGAACUGAUUCACAGAAAUGAAUCAGACCACUUGCCUUUUACUAUUUUACUUUUCAAGAGUUCGCACUCAGAUAUUGCUUUAAUAUUAGCAGGUUUGGCAUGCUGUCCCCGGAGAAAACCCUGAGCUCAGAGAUAAUUCCGCCUGGUUGAUGAGCAUGUAAGGGGGUACGAGAUCAGGUAGCUCCCCCUGGUAAAGGAGGAAAGGGGGAGAUUCUUCAAAAUUAAGAUAAGGGAGUAAUGCUAGACGGUAUAUUUAGUUUGGAAUAAUCUGAUUGGCUUACUAAUGAUUAAGGAUGAGGGACCAGCUGCGAUCAAUCAUAUCACGUGCUCCUCUUGAAAUUAGUUUGUGAAACUUCUCUUAAAAUAAAAGUCAUUUAGUACUUUAUUCUAUUUUAUUUUAUUUUAUUUUUUUAUAAAAUAAAAUCCAAUAAAGCAAUACAUUGUUAUUGAUAUUAAAUUAAUAUUUCAGUUUAAUUAUUUUAUUUGAUUGGUUCAGUCAAUCAAAACCGUAUGAACUGAUUCACAGAAACGAAUCAAACCACUUGGUUUUUUCCUCCUACUUAAUUUUUUUUUAUCGUUAUUUUAUUUUUAAUAAACAAAAUCUAAUUUAAAACAUUAUUGUAGAUAUUAAAUUAACAGUUUAAUUACUUAUCUUGAUUUGUAAAAUCAAUUGAAACGAUAUGAACUGAUUCACAGAAACGAAUCAAACCACUUGGUUUUUUCCUCCUACUUA